CCUACACAACCGAAAAAGACCCAUCUCAAGUUCUCGCGCGUCAACUAAACGUAGCAGCAGAGCAGAAAUGGCAGCAGCUGCUAAUUCUUCAUCAUCAUCAUCAUUCAGCUUGAAACUCGUCAUCGACAAACGUGAAAAGAAGGUCCUAUGCGCCGAGGCAGGAAAAGACUUUGUGGAUUUCCUCUUCAACUUCCUCACGAUGCCGCUCGUCUCCCUACUCCGCCUCCUAAAAGACCAACUUCCAGCCCCAGGCUGCGCCCGUGAGCUGGCCGCCAGCAUCGAGAACAUGAACCAGGAUUGCUUCAAGACUGCAGAAAGCAAAGAAUACCUCGUCACCAAUCUCCGCGGCGAAACCCACGUCACGAAGGUGCCGCUUUUCCCUGCAAAGGACAAUCCACACGUGCAAUAGUAUGGAUUGGUUAGCCACUAGCCAUUGCUAUUUCUUUCUUGGUUUCUCACUAGCCAGUGCUUUUUCUUCAUUUUGGAUGACAUAUGUGGAAUUAGCAUAUAAUUCUAGUGAACAUUGGUCAUUCUCAUUCAUCCAACUAAAUCAAGGCACUUAAUUUCA